UAGCGCCGAGGCUGUACGUUGUUCCCGCACGAGAUGUAAACAACACAGCACCGAAAUGGCUACAGCGGCUUAUAACUAUGUUGUCACUGCCCACAAGCCCACUGCUGUUACGGCAUGUGCUACCGGGCACCUAACUUCGCCGACCGACCUGAACUUGGUCGUAGCUCGGAACAACAGAGUGGAGCUCCACCUGGUUACACCUGAAGGAUUGAGGCCUCUAAAAGAACUCACCAUCUAUGGCAAGAUUGCCUGCAUGAACCUCUUUACACCUAUGAAUGAGUCAAAAGACUUGCUCUUCAUUUUGACAACACGGUAUUGUGCUAUGAUCCUGGAAUGUGUUGGGGACGGAGAGAAUCUAGAGAUCAUAACCAGAGCUCAUGGCAAUGUAGCAGAUAAGAUUGGGAAACCAUGUGAAACUGGAAUGAUUGCAAUUGUUGAUCCUCAGGCACGUUGCAUUGUAUUGCGACUCUAUGAGGGUCUCAUUAAAGUCAUUCCUCUUGAUAAAGACAAUAAUGAGCUUAAAGCUUAUAAUAUAAGAGUUGAUGAGCUUCAAAUUCAAGACAUAGAGUUCUUGUACGGAUGUUCUAAUCCCACAAUUAUUGUAAUAUAUCAAGACACUCAUGGGAGACAUAUUAAGACUCAUGAAAUUUCCCUCAAAGAAAAGGAAUUCUCCAAGAUGCCUUGGAAGCAGGAUAAUGUAGAGACUGAGGCCUCUACAAUCAUUGCUGUUCCAGAGCCAUAUGGCGGAGCAAUCAUUAUUGGCCAGGAAAUUAUCACUUACCUCACUGGGACUUCACAUGUGACAGUAGCCCCUGCCCUCAUUAAGACCAGCACCAUAGUUUGUUAUGGGAAGGUUGAUUCCAAUGGUUCAAGAUAUCUCCUUGGAGAUUUGUCGGGCCGUCUCUUCAUGCUGCUGCUGGAUAAGCCAGAUGAUCGGUCAGAGGCUACAGUCAAGGUUGAAUUGCUGGGUGAAAUAUCCAUCCCUGAAUGUCUGACAUACCUCGAUAAUGGUGUGGUCUUUGUCGGAUCUCGCUUGGGAGAUUCACAGCUGAUCAAACUAAACACAGAAGCUGAUGCCUCUGGCCAGUAUGUGGUCAUCAUGCAGACCUUCAACAACCUUGGCCCUAUUGUGGACAUGGUGGUGGUUGACCUGGAGCGACAGGGCCAGGGACAGCUUGUUACCUGUUCAGGAGCUUUUAAGGAAGGAUCUCUUCGUAUUAUCCGUAAUGGCAUUGGCAUCCACGAGCAGGCAUCCAUAGAGCUGGACGGCAUCAAGGGGAUGUGGUCUCUCAGUGUAAAUUCACCAAAUCACCACAAUACUAUCGUCCUGUCAUUUGUUGGCCUUACUAGGGUUUUGACUCUGAGUGGGGAGGAAGUAGAGGAAACCGAGAUUGCAGGUUUUGUAGCUGAUCAACAAACUUUCUUGUCUUCAAAUGUAAAACAUAGUCAGUUGUUACAGGUGACUGGCAGUUCAUGUCGCCUGGUAAAUGAAAGCACGGGGCAGCUUGUAUGUGAGUGGAAGCCCCCAGAAGGCCGCAACAUUUCGGUUGUGACUGCAAAUAACAAUCAAGUAGUAGCAGCAGCAGGACAGCACAUCUACUAUCUCACUAUCCAGCCGUCGAACCUCAAACUAGAGGCUUGGACCACGGUGGAACAUGAGGUGGCCUGCUUAGAUGUGUCUCCUUUGUGGGAGGAAGACAUGGCUUCUGUGGUUGCUGUUGGCCUGUGGACUGACAUUUCGGCUCGUGUGCUUGCUUUGCCAACCCUGGAAGAGAAUGCCAAAGAGUUCCUAGGAGGGGAUAUUAUUCCUCGUUCCAUCCUGAUGACAACGUUUGAGGGUCAUCAUUACCUCCUUUGUGCUAUGGGAGACGGACAGCUUUUCUACUUUAGUUAUGCACCUGCAACAGGAUAUUUAUCAGAUAAAAAGAAGGUUGUCCUUGGUACUCAGCCAACAACUCUCAGACGGUUCCGCUCGCUCUCCUCAACAAAUGUAUUUGCCUGCUCUGACCGACCCACUGUCAUCUAUUCAUCCAAUCACAAGCUUGUUUUCUCAAAAGUUAAUUUGAGAGAAGUAACUCACAUGUGUCCUCUCAAUGCUGAGGCUUAUCCAAACAGUUUGGCCUUGGCAACAAGUGAGGGCAUUACUAUUGGUACCAUUGAUGAGAUUCAGAAGUUGCAUAUUCGCACUGUCCCUCUAGGAGAAACUCCACGUCGAAUUGCGUAUCAAGAGGAAACAGAGACAUUUGGAGUGAUUACCAUGCGUGUGGAUGUUACGGAUAGUAAUGGAAUAAGAAGCGGUGGAAUGAGUGCGUCCUUAGGAGCGCACACCACCUCCUCUGCGUCCAACACCUCCAGCCUCCUUAAACCUCCUGUACAGCCACCACCUGAGCCUGGCCAGGAAGUGGAGACUCACAAUCUUCUAGUAAUUUCACAAAAUACAUUUGAAGUGCUCCAUUGUCAUAGUUUCCACCCGGGAGAGUAUGGCCUUAGCAUCUGCUCCACCAGACUAAAAGAUGACUCAACUGUGUAUUAUGUAGUUGGAACAGCUCUAGUUAACCCUGAGGAGUCUGAAUCCAAGCAGGGUCGCAUCAUCCUCUUCUCCUUCACUGAUGGCAAAUUGCAGCAGGUUGCUGAGAAGGAGAUCAAAGGUGCUUGCUAUUCUCUCUGUGAGUUCCAGGGCAAACUUCUAGCUGCAAUCUCUAGUACUGUCCGGCUGUUUGAAUGGACAAACGAGCGUGAAUUGAGGCUAGAAUGUUCGCACUUUAACAAUGUAGCAGCUUUGUACUUGAAAACAAAGGGAGACUUCAUUCUGGUUGGUGACCUGAUGAGGUCCAUGACGCUUCUGCAGUACAAAACACUAGAAGGUAGUUUUGAAGAGAUUGCUAGGGACUAUGAUCCCAACUGGAUGACUGCUAUAGAAAUUCUUGAUGAUGAACUGUUUCUUGGAGCUGAACACUCACAUAACCUCUUUGUGUGUCACAAAGAUAGUGCGGCCACUUCUGACGAGGAACGCCAGCAGAUGCAGGAGGUUGGGCGGUUCCACUUGGGAGACUUUGUAAAUGUUUUCCGUCACGGGACACUGGUGAUGCAGGGAGUGCCAGAGGCUACAACAGUAACGCAAGGCUGUGUUCUUUAUGGAACUGUGCAUGGAGCUCUUGGUUUGGUGACAAGUCUGAAUUUAGAACUAUACAACCAGCUACUGGAGAUGCAAAAGCGCCUAGCAAGAGUUAUUAAAUCAGUUGGAAAGAUUGACCAUGAUUUUUACAGAAGUUUUAGUACCGAACGUAAGACGGACAGAUGUGAAGGCUUCAUAGAUGGAGAUCUUAUAGAAAGUUUCCUAGACCUUAGCCCUGACAAGAUGAAGGAAGUAGCACAAGGACUCUUGAUCAGUGAUGGUUCAGGAAUGAAAGUGGAGGCAACCCCUGAGGACUUAAUUAAAACGGUAGAGGAACUUACCAGGAUACACUAAUACAGACCAGGAAAUUUUUGGUAAAAUGAACUUUAGAACAUAUUAAAGUGAAGAAGUGUUUUUAAUUAUCAUUAACCCCUUUUUCCUUUCUAACAAAGGUAUGCAUAUAAGUUUGAUGGCUGUUCAUUUGGAAAAUCAGUGUUUGAUUGUAAUAUAUUACAAAGAAUUGUUUGGUUAUUUAAGUUUUGCUUGUUCCCAUAUAUAAGACUAAUAAUGUUAAAGAUUCUCAAUAUAUUCACGUUGAAUAACAGCAGAUUAUUAUGAUAUCAUAUUUUAAACUUAUAGCGAGCGAGUGUUGCAAAUAGGACUUGUCUUAGCAUAAAAACAACCAGUGAACCAAAAUGCAGUGGUACUAGUAAUAACUGACGGAGCGCAAAAUGUGUAUAGGAAUAGAUGAAGGUGAAGAACUUAUACAUAGCCUGUAGAUUUACCACUUCUUGCUUGAAUCAGGAUGAGUUGGAAUUUGCAUGUGUAUUUUGAUAUUAUAAAUACUGAGUAUAUGUGUACACAGACAUUUGACUUCAGAAGGUUAGGAGAAUGAAAGCAUGGGGAACUCUCUUAUUUUUAUAUAUCUGCUAUGGAAUGUGUAUAUGGUAUUUUCCCAAAUUAUUACCAAUUAUAUUGUUUUUUUUAAAUUCUUUUAAUUAUUAACACAAGAAGAUGUCUGCCUCUUCAUAAAGAGGAGUUUAUCUUUGGGAAUGUGGUGGCUAAAAGCAGGUUUAUUGAUAAGAUAGAAUAAGGAAAAUGUAGUAAAACCGGUGAAUAACAUUUUAAGAAUGUAGGUGCGUGACAUGGUCUGUGAAUAGUGGAUUAGCAUCUUCUUUUGUUGGUCACCCCAGAGACUUGAAUUUUUGGAGUACAUUUAUGAACUCAGUAUUUUAGCUGCAUUAAGGUUCAUAUCUAGUUGUGCUAAUGUAAUAAUUGUAUUUCUUAAUGCAGUAAGAACACUCAUUCUCAUGAAUCAUGAAGAGAAUUAAACAAUGAAGAAUUCCAGACAUUUGUUCCAUAGGAAGGCUGUGAAACAAAAAACAAAAUAUAGAAAAAUGAGAAAAGUAAAAGAAAAUCAUAAAUACAUAUCUUCAUUUCAGUCGUAAAUUUUGAUGCUUAACCAGUGCUGUGUUUUUGGUAUUUGUGUUACAAAGUUUAUGGGGACCUGAGUGUUUGAAACAGAAUAGACAAUUGCAGGGCUGUAUCACCAUCACAGUGUAAUGUGGAAACAGCUGCUUACAAAGAGCGAGAAACGGAAUAUUGAUUUUUUGUACACCAGAAAGUUACAUAUUAGUGAGAGAUAUCACUGUAAAUCAGAAACUUAUAUUCACUUGCUCAUGUAAAUUGUCACUAUCUUUCACCUGUAAACUUCAUUUGAUAAUAAAAUUAUGAGAAAAUUAA